AUGUCGCAUGUGAACCAGCGCCAACAGUGUGCUGCUGCUGCUUUGCGAGGUGACUUUCCAAAGCAGCAGGACUCCUGGAGCUGCGGUCAUCGGCUGGUGCUCGCCUUCCAGUACCUUCUCAGCAGCCUCGUUGACGGUUGCUGGCCUCCUGCCAUGCCAGCGAGCGAGUUUUCCGAUGAGGCCAUCCGCGACUUCUGCGAUGGCCCAGAAGAGCGUGAGGAGCCUGAAGAUGAGGAGGAUCGUCCUCUGGUCAAGAAGCCACGUCUGGAUAGCAGCGGUGCAGCUGCAGCUCCCAAGCCAGCGGCGGCAGAAUCCAAGGCAGAUGGCAACCCUGCCCCACAGAAGCGACGAAAGCUCAGCCAGAAGGAGCAAGACGAGGUGGAUGCCCAGAAAGGGCGGGAACUUUUUACUGCAAAGAAGAUGUCUUAUGAGAAGCACUUCCAGUCGGCCCAUCACUCCGAGAAACAACCCGUGGGCAAAGGGCACUGGCGGGUCUUUCUUCUGGCUCUGGCUCGCGACCAGCGCCUAACAUGCAAGACGUGCUCCUCCCUGAGAGACAUGGUGCUGCUGCCGGAGCCUUCCGAGUCUUCGCAGCGGAGCCAGCAGCUUGUGCCGCAGGACACCGAGACGGCCUACUCUGGAAAAGGCAGGCCUCGCACUGGGCAGGACGGCAAGCGGCUGCAGCCAUGGCUUGAGCAGCAUCGCCCUGGGAUCUACAGGCCGGUGCGAGGCAGUUGGUUCUUCUGCGAGUGGUGUCAGAAGGAGGUUAAUUUUCACAGACCAGGGCUCUCUGGCUUGAAGUACCUCCGGGAUCACGAGAACAGCAAGGGGCACCAGGAUCCGGCAUUGCCUCGCUGCAGUGUAGUGGCGGCUGUUGCAGGGAAGGAUUGUCAAGGCAUUCUUGUUGGCUCUGGACAAUGCGACGGGCUAGACCGCCUUGAGGACUCUCUCAGGGUCUGGGUGUCCCAUGGGCUGAUCCAGUGCACGACCACUGAUCCUCUGGAUCCGGCAUACAGCUUCCAGGUCUCCUGGCUUGAGAACCAGCUAGUGGUCAAGAGCCGCUACUGCAAGCCUGCCGAGGGCUCGCCAUGCAAGCACUGCACCAAGGUAGCUGGGUCACGGAACCUGGCUAAGGAGAUUAUCCACUGGUCUUCUCGCAUUGCCAUGGUCGAGUACUGCAAAGUCAUCACCCUUGGCACGGACCAGGAGAAGCGACUUGCCUGCGAUGCCCUGGUACAGAAGGACUGCUACCUCACGAAGGAAGGCCGGCGGGACAUCGACACCCUCCUCGCCAUCGACAACGACAUCGCAGCGGUGGGUCACGUCAAAAGGAUCCUCGAGAGCAUCCCUAAGAGCAGGCUCACCACACGUCUGAGCAGUUGGAUGGCUGUGCACGUCCGGACCUUGUUGCGAUCGGGGCCGGCUCUUCCGCAAGAACGUGCUUCGCUGCGGAUCCUGAGCGAAAGCUUCGCCGAGAGCAUCCUUUCGGGCGAGGUGCUGAGGGAGGACGUGUGCUUGGCCAGCAAAGUGCUGGCCGGGGACCUCACUUCGGACUCUGUAGUCCGCUGCUUGAUCCACUCCUUCUUGCAAAAGCAAGACAAGGUGCGACGAGGGGUGGCCGACAGGCUAUGCACCUCAAAGCAUGUAGACGAACACACCAUGCAAGAAAUCCUUUGCACGCUGGGCAACUCGCGGGAAACUCGGCAGCUCUUAGCCCACUUCGGAGUCACUUUGGGUGGCAAGGUAUCGGUCCAGUUCGAGAACUCCCUCCUGCCAAAUUUCUUUGUCCCCAAUCGCUCCUUGGACACCAUGCGGUCGGCGGUGCAAGCCCUUCUACCUUCUACCACUGCUCGGAUCCUCGGUAGGUGGGGGUUGUUCAACAAGCUUCAGCAACGAAACCUUGCCCCGAGUGCCCCAACCAUUGCAGGAACCAGAUCCUGGUUCCUGGCUGUCGAUGAAACAUAUUGGCGAGCUAAUUGGGAGCUGAUUUCAGGCUUGCGGGGCGAGAUGGAGAACGGUAGGGACUUCCAUUGCUUGCCGGAUGUGGGUGUGCCAGACGACUCGAACCUGUCCAAGAUGACUUUGGACAUCAUCGCCUGCUGCUCCUACAGUUUGCGGCAGCCCUGGCAUCUGGCCAUGAUUCCUAUGCCACAGGGCCAGAACCAGAAGGGCAUCAUGCAAUUCCGGAUACUGGAUAUGGUGUUGCACUGCAUCUCCCAAGAGACCCCCCACCUUCCGAUAGGCAUCGCGACCGAUGCAGGAGCCUGCAACAAGCUGACGCAAGACUUCCUACUUGGCGAGGAAGUGCCAAAGGCCGUGAUCGAGGACACUCGCUUCUUCUCCAGAUGCGAAUCCCACAAUCUCGACUUCCUGCAGUAUGUCACCUGGGGCUACAGGUCCAUCGACGGUCGGCCGCUGGUGGGCAGUCUGGACGCUCUCCACACUCUCAAACGCUACAGCUAUCACCAUAAUAGCUGUCAACGAACCAUAUAUUGGGGGUCCUAUUUCACGGACCUUUCCGCCAUGCUCGCGGAGGGACUCCCGGUCAAAGCUUAUGCAUUGGCAGAUGUGCAGAGCGACGAUGCCUCGUUCCAACGACUGAACCCGCGGUACUUGCAGGAUUCCUGGUCCGAGGUAGGCGCCCAUGUGUAUGUCAUGAUUUCGUGCCUGAUUUCCCUCUGCACGGAAGGGUCGGAGAAGAUCAGCUUGCCAGGCCGGUUCAGGGCAGCUACUUGUGCCUACGGCAUGCUGCUGCUUGGCCUUUGGGCAGUCCGCCGAAGGUUCGACAAAGAGUGGACGCGAUGGUACCUUCCGAUCCAGACACUGCGCCAUCUGGCAGCCAUCUGCACACAGCAGAUGGCUUUGUGCAUUGUGGUGCCUGACACAUGCACAGUUCUGGGCAACAAGUUCCAGGAGAAGGUGGCUGAGUAUCAUUAUGGAUCUCUGAAAGCCCCUUACAGGGGGGUGCCGAGCAUCCGGGACGCCAUCGUCGGGGGUCAGUUGCUGCGCACCAAGCAACUCAAGAAUCGUCAGCUGCCGCAACCUGGGAAGCCUUGUGGACGGCUCACCAAAGCACAGGCCCAAGCCUUGUCCAAGGA